UGCGCAUGCGCAUAGUACACAUAACUCUGUCAACAGAAAUGGCGCUGCGCACAGGAGCCCUGCACUUGAACCUGUUUUCUAGCCGUCAUUUGCACAAAUUGACCUGCUUCGGCGGUGCCCGGUCGUUGUCUGAACACACUUCAUCUAAACCCGCCGCCGGCAGUGGCUCAGAGACGACGGGCGACCACUUACUCUACACACAGGAGCACUUUGCACUAAAGAAAUCCCUCAGAAAGAUCAUCGACCAGGAGAUUAACCCGUACGUGGACCAAUGGGAGGCCGAGGGGUUGUUUCCUGCCCACAGAAUCUUCAAGAUCCUGGGAAGUGCUGGCUUUCUGGGGGUCAACAGACCAGUCGAGUAUGGAGGCUUGGGCCUUGACUACAGCUACAGUGUGGCGGUGGCAGAGGAGCUCGGCAACAUCCGUUGUGGAGGCAUCCCGAUGGCCAUCGGCGUACAGACUGACAUGGCCACUCCUGCAUUGUCCAGGUUUGGUUCAGAUGAGCUAAAGACAGAGUUCCUCCUUCCCACCAUCAUGGGAGACAAAGUGGCCUGCCUGGGCGUUAGUGAAGUUGGUGCCGGCUCUGAUGUAUCAAGUAUUUUGACGAAGGCGGUGAAGAAAGGGGAUGAGUAUGUAAUCAACGGGGGGAAAAUGUGGACAACCAACGGCACCCAGGCCGACUGGAUGUGUCUGCUGGCCAACACCAGUGAGGGACCUCCACACAGGAACAAAUCUCUCAUCUGUCUGCCCAUGAACCUGCCAGGAGUACACAUUGCUCGCAAGAUUGAUAAAAUCGGUAUGAGGUCAUCAGACACUGCUGAGAUAUUCUUCGAUGACGUCCGUGUGCCCUGCAAGAAUGUCAUUGGCCAGGAGGGCAUGGGCUUCACCUAUCAGAUGCUUCAGUUCCAGGAAGAGAGGCUCUGGGCAGUGGCCAAUAUUCUGACCAUGAUGGACAACAUCAUUCAGGAGACCAUCGAUUACACACGGCAGAGGAAGAUCUUCAAGAUGCCAGUCCUCUACCACCAGUCCGUCCACUUCAAGCUGGCUGAGCUGCAGACGGAGGUCGAGCUGCUCCGUUCCCUCCUCUACAACGCUACAGCCUUGUACAUCAAAGGCAAUGAUAUGACCAAGCUGGCAUCCAUGGCCAAGCUCAAGGCAGGCCGCCUGGCCAGGGAGUUGGGCGACAGCUGCCUCCAGUUUUGGGGAGGCAUGGGCUUCACCAGCGAUGUCCUGGUCAGCAGGUUCUACAGGGAUUCCAGAUUAUUAUCCAUUGGCGGAGGGGCUGAUGAGGUAAUGCUGGGAAUCAUCUGCAAGUACAUGGACAUGCUGCCCAAGAAGUGAUGUCAUCAGUGCCCAACCCAGGAAGUGAUAUCAUGACGCAAAGCAUAGUGUGUUCACAUUAAAUUACGAAACAAAUCACCUUAAGUGCAGUUACUAAACUCAUAUGCCAUUUUGGUGAAAUUGUGCAUGUUGCAUUUGAUCUAUAAUGAUGCCUGUUCAUACAGUACAAUGGUCAGUUCUAAUCGUGGCUUAUGUAAAUAUACACCACAUUACAGCGUGAAUCAUUUCCUCUUCUUGGCUAUUUAAGUGACAAUAUCUGUCAAUUUGUGUUCUGCUAUUUUCAGUAACUGCAUUUUAGUAAUCACGUUUGUAUGAUGUAAUGUGAAGGCCAAUUUCUAGGAUAGUCUCAGGAAAACUAUCAAUAGUAUGUACAGUUGUAAUGUACAGUAUCAAAUAAAAUCUUCAGCAAAGA